AUGCUGCUCGGCGAGGCGGCCGUUACAAGCGGCAUGGUGACGUGCAUGUCUGGUGCUGGACCGUCAAACGUCGCCGUGGAGCUCAACCUCUCCAGCUGCCCGCGUCCUACGCCACCAGGGACCUCGUUCGACAGCGCUGCUCGGCGACGGCGGCUUAUUCUCUCGGCGGCACAGGACGAGAAGCUGGCCGUGCUUUACAACUCCCCAGCUGAGAAUGAGCAGUCCCUGUGCAUCUUUCCAAAGCCCUCUCACAAGUUGGACAUCAGGCACGGCAUUGUCUCGCAAGUACGGGAAGGCGAGCUCGUCGGGCUCGGUGUGGAAACCUACCAAAAGGGCUACAAAUCCGACGCCCAGGCCGGCGAGGCGACCUUGGGGAGAAUCAUCAAGAGCCGGCCUCUGAGUUCUGCCAACCAGGACAGGGACUCCUGCCCAUUACAGCGGUCUUAUCUGCACGGCACGGAGAGGCAGAACGAAAUCAAACACAUGCUCAUGCGAGCUCCUACCAUUGAUCUUUCCGCCAGCGGCGUCUCCUCCGCCGAGCCCCUCGCGCAGCGGUCAACGACCUCCUGGGGGACGGCUCGAUACUUGCUUCUCCCCGAGAACUUCUUCUUUGGCGACAAGCAAAAAUUCAAAGUCUCCAGGAGGUAUGGGAAGAUGCCGACGGCGCGUGGAGCGCAGGGCCGGGACUGCUCAACGGGCUGGGCCGAGGGCAAGUUGUACAGCGGAACCACGACUCUGGGCCACAGGGUGGUUGCAGGUGCACAAGGUCCUAGUGAGGACGAGGACAAGUUUGCUUCGAUUCGGACUCUGGGCAGAGCGAGUUGGACGCUGCUGCCCAAGUGUUGA